AUGGGCAAUUACAUCUCUUGUGCUUGCACUUUCAUCCCGCAGCCUUCCUUUAUAGACCGAAGGAGGUUGAGGGCGUUGCGGGUCGUGUUUCCCGGUGGGGAGAUCCGUCAGUUCCGUGAGCCAGUCAGUGCCGCUGAGCUCAUGCUCGACUGCCCGGGUUUCUUCCUGGCCAACUCCCGGUCCCUCCACGUGGGGCGGCGGUUCAGCCCUCUCGGGGCCGACGAGGAGCUCGAGCUCGGCAACGUCUAUAUCAUGUUCCCCAUGAAGAGGGCCAACUCCGUCAUCAUGGCCGUGGACAUGGCCGCGGUCUUCAUGGCUUCGAGCUCGGUCUCGAAGAAGAUCACCGGCGCCAGGGUUGGGGCCUUGCCGGAUGAGGCAAAUUCGAAAGAGGGUAAAGUGGCAGAAGCCGCCUGCAGUGCUCGUGAGCCUGUAAGAGAGGACGAGGCAGAGGGUGUUUUGGCGGUGGCAGCGCCGGAGUUCGGGUAUAGGUUAGCCGUGUGCAGAUCGAAGAAGCCUUCGUUGGAGACAAUCAAAGAGGAGCCGCCUGUACGCGGUCGUUCAAGAUGUUGA